AGGGUCGCGGGGAACCACUUCCGGGGGCGCGGCGCGGCGAAGCGGGAGAAAUUGGCUCUGGAGAGUGGUGAGUCGGAGGAGACCUCAGGCAGCAGGCAGCUGGGGCCAUGGCCUCCGACCUGGACUUCUCUCCUCCCGAGGUGCCGGAGCCCACGUUCCUGGAGAACCUGCUACGGUAUGGACUCUUCCUGGGGGCCAUCUUCCAGCUCAUCUGUGUGCUGGCCAUCAUCAUCCCUGUUCCCAAGUCCCACGAGGCGGAGGCAGAACCAUCUGAGCCCCGAAGUGCAGAGGUGACGAGGAAGCCCAAGACUGCUGCUCCUUCUGUGAACAAGAGGCCCAAGAAGGAGGCCAAGAAGAAGCGGUAGAAGAGGCGGCCUGCGGAGCCUAGCGGGCGGGGUGAGGGCCUUGGGGGCAGCCCUGCCAGGCUCCACACCCUCGCUUCACUCCGGGCUCAGGGUCUGAGGUGGGCCCUCUGACCGCAGAGACCUGGACAGUCAUGAGAGCCUCCAGGCCCCAGCUAGGCAGACCACCACUUCCCUUCCCUUCUGCUUCUGUGAUGGUUUAGAGCCAAGGGGACUGAAACCCCUGUGUGCACAGACUGUCUUGGAAGUCUGUUUGGACGUUGGGUCAGCUCAGCAAGUUACAUUUUCUUACUUAAUCCUUGUGUCCUGCCUUUAGUCAACACCUUGUAGAUGUACACUACAUUUUAGAGUCAUUAUCUAAUGAUGACAGGCACUGCCCUCUCCCAUUACCUGUGCCACGCAGAUCAGAUCUCCUGCUAAUCAGGCACCCUUGUCUCUGCUUGUGUAGAUGGAGCCAGGCCAGGCCUCCCCUGUUUGUUUAGGUCAAGACCCCAAGGUCACUGCGAUGUUCGCAGUCCCCGGUCCCACUAGUACAACAGGCAGGCCUGAAAGAUGCCUGGCGUGAGAGCGAGCGGAAGACGCGGCCAGGGUGAUGCCUGGUUCUCCUGGGUCACAUGGAAGGGAUUUGGCUGAAUGAGUGUGUAUUUGUGGGCCCAAACUUCCUCAGCCUCUGAAAGGGGACGCUUGUCAAUCUCAGACCAACCUCUUUUCAACCCAUCACAGCACAUUCAAGGUAUACCAUUUGGCUUCCAUCUGUAUCCCCUCCAAACCCCCCAAUUCUUUUCAACCCCCACCAGUGAGGAAAAGUCAUUUGGGGAAGAAAACAUCAAUAAACUACCCCACACGCUGAA